AUGGACGUGGAAAUGCAGAUGGAGGCUCAUGGAUUACCAACACAAUUCAGUUCGACCUCAGAGCAGCCGGACGAGUCACAUAUUGCCGACAACCUGGCUGCCUCAAUAUCCAACUCAGAAGCGACGGUGAACCCGAGUCCGCCCAAGCAGCCUGCGGUUGAUGCGCCGCAGCCAGAUUCGGGAAAGGCAGUGCCAGAGGCAGUUUCAGACGUGGUUACGGAGGCAGUUACCGACAUGGCUCCCGAGGCAGCGCCUGAAGCGGUGCCUGAAGCAGUACCAUCCCCUCCCUCUGAAGCGCCAAUUCCACCACCAUCACCUGCCACAAAUGGGAUCACAAAUCACGAUAGUGAAGCAGCCCAUCAGUCUCCUAAAGCUGUUCCCGACUCUCAACCCGAAACUUCUUCCGACAACCAACCUUCCACGCUCCCUGUGGUCGCGUCAGUUUCAGACACAACCUUGACGGAGUCAUUUGUUCCCUCAUCCGUCCCUGCCGAAAUUCAGUCUUCGGCCACGCCGUUGGAGUCAAGCCAGUCAACCAUGAAUAUUUCAGAGCCUCCGGCAACUCUGCCCGAAGCCCCAGUCUCUGACCUGCGAACCGCGCCCCAUUCUGAUGCGCUGACCCCUGAAGCUGUCGCAAAGGUCGAGGCUCAGAAACACAAGAUGGACAAUGCCGCCGAUCUACCUACCUCCCUCAAACCAGAGGUCGCCGAUCAUUCAUUCCCGUCUGCACCUGUCGUGAAUUCCACCGCCAUGGAUAUUGGCCUCCCAUCGCCACCAGCACAAUCGCCACCUCCUGCACCACAGCCUGCGCCGGCGUCUUUGUCUGAGCAGAAGCCCCAAGAGCAACCGACAGUGCAGCCGGUAGAGCCACUGCCACAACCGACAGCAGAACAAUCGAUUCCGGUCACGGAGUCAGCUCUUGCAGUGGAGGAACCCAGUGAACCGGCCCCAACACCGACUAUUCCUGCUCCGGCGGAACCCCAAGACCAAUUGAUGACCGAUGCAUCACCGCAACCGAUUAAACAGGUCCACGAACGCGAUGAAGACCCUGAAGGCGCAGAGCGUGCUGCCAAGCGCGUCAAGACAGACGAACUGCGCCCAGUGACCGGAGAGCCACAGUUCAAAGUUCCGGAUGUCCCUGCGCCUGCUGUGUCGUCGCCAGCUACCGCCAACGGCGAAACUGACAGUUCGACGGCGAUCACCGAGGACGGCGACGAUUCAGUCACUCCAGCGCGCUUGGCGCAUAUGAAGAAGGUCAUCUCAAAUCUGAAGAAGAGCAAUGCCUCUGGACCCUUCAGACUUCCUGUGGACUAUGUCGCGCUCAAUAUUCCGUCGUAUCCCGAGAUCAUCAAGCAGCCCAUGGAUCUAGGCACCAUUGACCAACGCCUGAAGCGCAAUGAGUAUACGUCAGUGUCGACAUUUGUGGCUGACUUUGAGCUGAUUGUGAACAACUGUUUCGAUUUCAACGGCCGCGACCAUGGAGUUUCACAACAAGCAAGGAAAAUGAAGGCAUCGUUCGAUGGUCAGAUGAGAAACUUGCCCAAGGCCAGCAUCGAGGAGCCUUCCAAGGAGGUGAAGAAAGCAGUCAAGAAGCAAGAGCCAACGAGGAUAGCGCCUCCUCGUCGACCGUCGGUGAGUACAUCUACGCCGAAUGCCGCCACCGCCAGCUCGCCCAGCGCUGCCGCUCCCCCAACACCCGCCUUCGCUCCGAAUCCGGACGGCAUGCCUCUUAUUCGGCGUGAUUCGAGCUUGACGGAUGGCCGACCGAAGAGAGCCAUUGUCCCGACGAAGCGUAACUCCGAGUUUGGGGGCGGCAGACCCAGGAAGAAGAAGUACGAGCUACAAUUGAAGUUCUGCGAUGAAGUUCUGAAGGAGCUUAUGAACCCGAAAAACUGGCAGGCAAACCAAUACUUCACGCAUCCGGUGGACCCGGUGGCCUUGAACAUCCCAACCUACUUCCAGAUCAUCAAGAAGCCGAUGGAUCUGUCCACGGUAAAGACCAAGCUCCAGAACAAUGCCUACGAAAAGGCCAGGGACUUUGAGGAGGAUGUCCGUCUCAUCUUCAAGAACUGCUUCAAGUUCAACCCCGAAGGCGACUUGGUCAAUGCUGCUGGCCAUCAGUUGGAAGAGUUGUUCAACAAGAAAUGGGCGACCAAAGAUGACUGGAUUGCUGCACGCGAACCACCAUCAGUCACACAGUCGGAUGUGGAUGAUGAGGAGGAGGACGAUGAGGAGAGCGAAGACGAAGCAGAGGGUGAUAGCGAAGAGGAGCGAAACGAAAAGAUCAAAAAGCUGCAGCAACAAAUCGAGGAAAUGUCGAAGCAGAUGGGCGAGUUGACGCAGAAGAAGGUCAAGAAAUCCAAAUCGCCUCCAACGAAGAAAAAGGACAAGUUGAAAACUAAAAAGGAGAAAUCCGAGAUUGCCGGCCCCAAACCCAACAAGGACAAGAAGGAAAAGAAGAAGCCACAGCCCCGGAAACAAGAGAAAGAUCGAUAUGUCACGUUCGCCGAGAAGCAGUACAUCUCCAAUGGAAUUGCCAUGCUGCCGGAGAAGCAAAUGCAGGAAGCGUUGCGCAUCAUCCAGCAGAGCGUGCCGUCCUUGGCCAACAGUGACCAGAACGAGAUUGAACUGGACAUCGAGGAGGUCCCCAACGCCGCCCUCUUGAAGUUGCUCGGCUUCGUCAAGAAAUACGCCGGUCCGCCUCCAGAUGAGCCGAAAGUGGAACAUGCCGAUUCCUAUCAUGCGCCGGCCCCUCACAAAAGCAAGAAGAGCAAACCGAUGAGUAAGCACGAGCAAGAGGCACAGAUUGAGGAGUUGAAGGGCAAGCUGGGAGCCUAUGCUGGACCGAUUUCUCCGAACGCUAUGCCUUCGAUAGAGACGGGCGAUAGUAGCGACGAUGAUAACUCAGAGGAGAGCGAGGAGGAGUAG